AUGGGGUGUGUGAAAUCCAGGUUCCUCCGGGACAGAGACAAGGUCUCAAAAACUGAGUCCAGUGCCAACUCACACAGCCCUGUGCAUGUGCCAGAUCCCACAUCCUCGGUCAAGCUGGAGCCUGACAGAGACAAUAACAGCCCACCAGGGUUCCCGGAGGCAGGUUCUGAGGACAUCAUCGUUGUUGCCCUGUAUGAUUAUGAGGCCAUUCACCAUGCAGACCUCAGUUUUCAGAAGGGGGACCAUAUGGUGGUCCUGGAGAAACAUGAGGAGUGGUGGAAGGCUCGAUCCCUGGCCACCCAGAAAGAGGGCUACAUCCCGAGCAACUACAUCGCCUGUGUCAACUCUCUGGAGACAGAGGAGUGGUUCUUCAAGGACAUGAGCCGGAAGAAUGCAGAGCGCCACCUGCUGGCUCCUGGCAAUGUGCUGGGCUCCUUCAUGAUCCGGGACAGCGAGACGACCAAAGGGAGCUACUCUUUGUCGGUGCGAGACUACGACCCACAGCAAGGAGAUUUAGUGAAGCAUUACAAGAUCCGGACCCUAGACAACGGGGGCUUCUACAUCUCCCCGCGGAGCACCUUCAGCAUGCUGCAGGAGCUGGUGGCCCACUACAAGAAGGGGAGCGAUGGGCUCUGCCAGAAGUUGUCGGUGCCCUGCGUGUCCUCCAAGCCCCAGAAGCCAUGGGAGAAAGAUGCCUGGGAGAUCCCUCGGGAGUCCCUCAAGCUGGAGAAGAAACUUGGAGCUGGGCAGUUUGGGGAAGUCUGGAUGGCCACCUACAACAAGCACACCAAGGUGGCUGUGAAGACGAUGAAGCCAGGAAGCAUGUCGGUGGAGGCCUUCCUGGCAGAGGCCAACCUGAUGAAAACUCUUCAGCAUGACAAGCUGGUGAAACUGCAUGCAGUGGUCACAGAGGAGCCCAUCUACAUCAUCACAGAGUUCAUGGCCAAAGGAAGCCUGCUGGACUUUUUGAAAAGUGGAGAAGGCAGCAAGCAGCCCUUGCCAAAACUCAUUGACUUCUCAGCCCAGAUUGCAGAAGGCAUGGCGUUCAUCGAGCACAGGAACUACAUUCACCGAGACCUCCGAGCUGCCAACAUCUUGGUCUCUGCAUCCCUGGUGUGUAAGAUUGCAGACUUUGGCCUGGCACGGAUUAUUGAGGACAACGAGUACACAGCUCGGGAAGGGGCCAAGUUUCCCAUCAAGUGGACAGCUCCUGAAGCCAUCAACUUUGGCUCCUUCACCAUCAAGUCAGAUGUCUGGUCCUUUGGUAUCCUGCUGACAGAGAUCAUCACCUACGGCCGGGUCCCUUACCCAGGGAUGUCUAACCCCGAGGUGAUACGAGCACUGGAGCAUGGGUACCGUAUGCCUAGACCUGAGCACUGCCCUGAGGAGCUCUACAACAUCAUGAUGCGCUGCUGGAAGAACCGCCCGGAGGAGCGGCCCACCUUUGAAUACAUCCAGAGUGUGCUGGACGACUUCUACACGGCCACCGAGAGCCAGUACCAACAGCAGCCAUGAUGGGUGGGACUAGGGCCACACCAGGAGCCCAGGCAUGCCUGUGAAGUGGCUCUGGCACCAUCCACUGGGGCCUGCUCCACCCUUUGCACACAGAACUUGUUCCAGACACAGUUUUCUCAUCUGUCAACUGGGUGGGUUGGACUGGACAAUCUCUUUUUGACUCUAGCAAUCCACAAUCUGCCAUUCUCAGGAGACCCUAAGUUGAUAUUACUAUUGCCUGGUACAGUUGAAUUCCAGUUACAGCUAUGGUUUAGAUAGGAAACUUAAAAAAGAAUUAGAUAAAUAUUUAUAAAAAAUAUGAAUGCCACAAGCUUUACCAAAAGGUGGGCUUUUCUGUCCUUCCAGUUCCUGAAUAUCUAUUUGCCUUCCUGCUAAAAGCAGGGUUCAAUGCUCCAAGUUUUCUAACUGCCCUAAAAUAGUUGCUGGCUGUAUUAGUUUCUUUUUUCUUUU